GCUAAUAUAUGCCGUAUCGAUUAAUCGAUUGUCCUUGUCUCUCUCUCCCACUAAAUGAGAUCGAUAAAAAUGAACAACAUGAGUUACUGAUUUUCUCACUUACAAAACAGUAUUUCCAGUUUGCCUGCUUCAGUAUUCGAGUCCUAGCCAAGCAGUUCAUUUCGUUGCUCGGAUAGUUAUUUUAACAUUUUCCUACGUGCUAACGGUAUUUUUUUCGGUCAUUAAAACUUGGUCCAGAUAUAAAACGGGGAACGUAAGAAGAUUGCAGAGUUACAUGAAGAUUACAGAGUUUCAUAAAGAUUGCAGAGUUCCAUGAAGAUUAAAACAAAUACUUAAUCCUAGGAUCGAUCGAUUUAUUCCCAAGAAAAUGGAAAAGCAAAUUGAUGAAAAAUUAAAUGAUCUACUAAAAUAUAUACCAUUUAUCGACUUUAUCAUCGAUAUAGACAAACAAAAAUAUGAAAAAUUCAUUGAUAUAAGAAAAUGGAUACUAACUAAAAAGAGAUAUCCCUUAAAUGAUCUUAACAAAAUAGAAAAAUCCAUCAAAACACAAUUUCGGAAUCUAACAUGUUCUGCGGAUAAGAAAAUUCCUCCAAAAAUUUUAGACAUUUUUCGAAAUGAGGCCUGUCACCAGUAUGUUGAUCUUUGUUCCGACGACGAAGCAAACUCAUCAAAAGAAAAGAAUAAUGAUGAUGAUUUAGAAAUUGUUUAUGUGUCCUACCCCACAAAACCAAAGUCCAAAGAAUGCAAAAAGAAAUCCGAUAGAGAAUAUAUUGCAAAAGGCAUUAAUGCAAACGACCACAAAAAAUCAGAAGGAGUAUCUUCCAAAAAGGGCUUACGUGCCUUGGACGAUGAUGCUUCCAAAUUACUGAAGCAAAUCGACAGAUUAUCAUCUGAAGAUAAAAAUUAUAACAAUACGAAGGAAAUAUUAUUUCAUAGACGUGAACAAAACGAUGAUCUUUUUGAGAGGAGGGAAAGGAAACAGAUUUUCAAAAGGGAACCAGAUACCAUAUCAUUGGAUUCUAGUGAUGAUGAACUCUCCAAUAAAGUAGAACCGCUUAUAACCAAUUACAAUCAUGUUAGUUUGGGUAAAAAUCAUCCAUCACCUAGUAAAGAAAAUUGUCUAAUUGUUGAAGAAGACAAUGACAUUCUCUUGACCGAAAUGACAGAGAAUAUCACAGAAAGUCCAAAGGAAAAUCUAAGCCCCAAAUCUCCAGAAACGAUUUCGAAAACUAACAAUGUAAUAACCAAUAACACUAGACCAUCAAAUUUCGAAGAAUUGUUGGACAAAACUCCCGUCAAAGAUGAACAGAAAGAAGGCAAAAUAGAAAAAUUACUUAACCAAUUAAUUACACUUCUCCAAAAAAACACAAGCGAACGUCAGGAUGCAGAUGAGACAUGUCCAGAAGCACCGUCAAUAUCAAUGAAUGUAAAUACAGCAACCCACAUUUCUCAAUGUAAUGUCCCAUCAAAUGUACCAAUAACUCCUCAGCAAACGUAUAUUGGAGACUACCCUACAUAUUAUUCACAAUUCCAAAGAAUGGCCUAUCAACGAAAACUCAAUCUUAACGAUCCACGAAUAAGAAAUGAAUUGAAUAAAUAUAAAAACUCACCAUUGUUAAUUGCGGGAGGCAUCGAUAUAACAAGUUUGACAAACAAAACAACUGAGUUUCCAUAUUGUAAUCAAUCAGCUCAUUGCAAUUAUUAUCCCUAUCCUGAUGUUGAUAACUCACCACGGCAUCAAUUCCCAAUGCAUUGCACUCAAGAUCGCCCAUACCGACCCACUGCCCCAAAUUCAUGUUAUAGAACACCAUACAGACAAACGGGGCCUAGUCUGACUAAAAGUAGCAUUACCUAUGCCGAAUAUAAACGGAGAAAAGCUGAGGAGGAGGAGAGAAUGGCGAAAAGAGAGAUGGAAUGUCGACAAAGCACGAAUGUAUCUAAUCGGGUAGAAUUUGUCAACGCAAUUUUAAAUAACAAAAAUUUAUCAUUUCCUAAGGAUGAAACGGAUUUGUUGAAGAGUAGAAAAGAAGAAAGGGUUUCAAAUAUAAACUCAGAAUGCAACAAAUUAUCAUCAAAUGACCAGGAGCCAACGUUGAGGAGAUGCGAAGAGAAUAUUAAAAACAAUACACCUGAAAAAUGCAAACCAUCAUCACCUUCGUUAGAAAAUAAAUCGGAUGGUAUGGUCCAAAGCAAAGAGUCUUUAAAGUCCAAAAAAUCGUCAGAAUUCGAGCGCAUUUUGAAGGAAAUAGAUCAUAUAAUACCAGUGAAAAAACGUCCGUCAAGUGUUCAAGCCCGAACAGAAAUAAUCAAGCAAUUGGAAACUGAAACUAUGACUCCAGAAAAUAAUGAAAUAUCACCAAAGAAAUUAGGUACCAAAAGCAGCAAGGCCAAAACACCUUCAAAAACAAAUCCAUCCAAAAAUGUUGAAGACGCCGUUUUAAAGGUCCCCAAUAAAAGGAGUAAAACUAUGGAAGAUAGUUCGAAACCAAAACCAUCCAAAACAAAAAAUCUAAAACGCCGGAAAACUAUUGAUGAUUCCACACGGGUAGUAGUCAAAUCUUGCGAAAAUCCCCCAUUAAAGGAAACGAAAAAUUCAACAACCAAAUCCAUUGUACAAAAUCAGCCAAUUUUGUUGUUAAAACGCCUAACCGAAAGUGACAUUAGGAGCUAUACUACCGCCAACAAACGAUCGGAAAGAAGUCUUCAUAGACCAGAUGAAAUCUCCUCAAGUGAUAUAUUAAAUGUUCAGCUAGUGCAAUGUGGAACUCGUAAGUUACCGCGUCAACCAUCGGAAACACUGCCGAAGUCUGCUAAACCCAAAAAACCCAACAAUGAUUUACAAAUGACAGCAGGUAGUACACGAAAGUGUGCCCUAUGCACUACUAGACCGGCGGAUCUAACUAACCACUACAUACGGAAACACAAAACCGAAUCGUACACAUCAAGAUUAAGUUUGACACGCAUUGAAGAUCUCACCUCAAACAUACGUUUUAUUCAAGAGCUGCAAGCAAAUAUUCGCAAUAAACGUUUGUCACGCUUUUCGGUUGUUUGUCCAUUUUGUGACGAGGAAUUAAUCGACAGUUUCCAAAAUUUCUACGAUCACUAUGCCACUCAUACUGGCGAAUAUGCCUAUCAGUGUUCCGGAUGUAAUUUUACCAAACCUUUUAAGGCCGACAUUCAAUCGCAUAUUUCGCAUUCGAAAUUAUGUCGUACGGCAUAUUUACAAGUCAUGUAUCGUUAUCCGGCCAAUGCCAAGGUCAUAUAUCUGCAUUAUUGUAAAAUCUGCAACUUUGUACAAUUGAAUGAGGCCAAUAUAUUUAAACAUCAAAGGGAGCACCAUGAUCCACGACAGGCCAUUUCGGAUAAUGUUGGCAAAUGUAUAUUGGCUGCGAUCUGUGAGGAGACUGAUGAUUUUCCUGCACCUAACUUGCGGGCUAAUGGCAGUACGGGGGACGAUGAUAAACAAGAUGAAGAAGAAGAAAACGAGGAGGAAGAUGAAAUGAUUGCUCCCCGGAUUCUGAGCGAUAACAUUCCCGUACAAAAUGAACCAUUUUCUGAAGAAAACUACAAUUCGUCUUUGCACACUUUAGAAGAAGCCCUUAAAGAAAUGCACGAGGGCAUCCAAAAGACAACGACGACAAUGCCCGAACUUGCCAUGACCACAAUACAUGACUUUCCCACAAAAGUUGUUGGUCCUGAAAAUUCAACUGCAAUGACCCCCAAACAAGAAUAUAGCUUUGAGGAACCUGCCCCUAACGAUUUUAUUAUGAAUAUAUGCAAAUCAGAACCAAAUUAUGAUGAACAAUUCAUAGCGCCAACAUUCUCCAAUUCCAAUUUACAUGUACAUCAAUAUCGCCAUUACCCCCAAAAUAUUCAAUAUUUUGGUUUAUUUAAAUGCCUCGCAGAUGAUUGUUAUUUUUCCUCAAAUUCCUGCGGCGAGUAUAUCGAACACAUAGAAGCACAUUACUGUGAUGAUAAUGAGGAGGGAGCAAAGGAGAGGGAAGGCCAACAACUACUCCGUUGUCCAUAUUGCAGUCAAGAUAGUUCCAGCUGUAUGAUGACACCACAUCAAUUGGCGGAACAUAUUAGUCGAGAUCAUCACAAUUUAAUAUUUCAAUGUUCGAUUUGUUGUUAUCGCAGUUGUGAUGCCUCCAAUGUAGCAAUACAUCAAACAGAAAUGCAUGCAAGUCACCCAACGUGUGUGGUAUAUAAAUGUUUGGAUAUGGAAAUUACCCCCGACCAGGAAUAUCUAAAGAAGAAGAUAUCAGAGAAUGUGGGAAAAGUGGAGUGUGCAUACUGUAAUGAAGAAGCUUUCUACCAUUCAAACCUAUUGGAACAUCACCUGGCUGUGGUCCAUAACAUCAGUAUUACAAAAAUCUUGGAAUAUUAUUCAUGCAUAUAUUGUCCGACACAUACAAAUGAAGAUAGAAAUGUCAUGAGGAAACACUUAGCCCUUCAACAUCCCGAAGAAUUUCCAUUUUUAUGCGAUCAUAAUGAGAUUGUUGUAAAUCUCAAUGAGGAUGUAGUUACUAAUUUAAAAUUAGUGGAUGUAUCCGAAAAGAUUCCAGUAGUUGAUGUUAAGAGUAAUACUGCUGGCUCACAAGAUUCAGCAGCUGAUGUCAAACCAAACAUUGAAGAGAUUCUUAAGCUACAGGAAGAAACCCUGAAAAUACGACUAAAUAAGCUAACACGGAAUACCGGUAUUGCUCCAGAUUGUCUCUAUCAUUGUCCGAUACAAACGUGUGCUCGUUUCUUUUCCACCUUUGAUAUGUGGCUAAGGCAUAUGCGUCUGCGUCACAUGUGCUUGGAGUGUGAGUGUCCACAUUGCCCAAAUGAAAAUGGUUCAACCUUAAGGGCCUUGCCUGACUAUGAAAGACAUUUUGAAGAACAUCGCCGUCACACUUAUGUUUGUUAUCAUUGCAUUUCAACGUUUCCUAGUUACCAGGAGAUACAUAAACAUGUACAAGACCAGCAUGGCAGUGAAGUGCAUUGUGAAAAAGUUCGUUUUAAUUUUAAUUACGCCUAUCACAUUGCCAUACAAUCGAACCUGGUAUUGGGACCUUCAGAGUUUCUAAUAAAUUGCCUGAGUCGUUUGGAGGAUGGCAUCAAGCAAAUCGAAUUGAAAGAAUCGACGAAAUUAAAAAAAGAAUGGUUGAUUGACUAUGAACGCGUAAUGCCAUCCUGGGUAGACGAAUGUGCCAUUGAGUUGUGCUCAGUUUCAAAACUUAGUAUAUGUGGUGUGUGCUGCAAAGCCUUCGGUUCCCAGUUGCAGCUUAGCGAACAUAUAAAGGCUAAUCAUGCCCGUCGAGAUGCCCAUGUGAUAAACAUUGAACGUCAGAAAGAUCAGAAUUUGUAUCUUAACCUCGCUUUGGUCUUUGCCACUGAUCACAUAUCCUUCGCCACCAUGACCAAUUGUUUUUGUUGUGAAGAGAGAAAUAUGGAAGCAGGACUUUUCAUUUUACAUCUAAAGAAUUAUCACAAAUUCGUUUUAAAUUAUUACUGCGAAUACUGUCAAAAUCAAAUGGAAUCAAUUAAAUAUGCCACGGAACACUUUAAGGAACAUCAUGCUGAUACUAAAAUUAAAAUUCGUUGUGAAUUGUUGUCGGAACAUGAAAUUACGUUAAUUUCUAUAAGAAAUUUUAAAAUACAAAUAGGAAAUAAUCGUCGAAGUGCUGCAGACUUUAUUGUAAAGGAGGAACUUUUUGACUCGGGCAGGUGUAGUGAAAGUCAUGCCGAUGACGUAAUGCUCUUGGACGAGGAUGAUGUUGUUGUGGAAAACUUUGAAAAAGAAUUGCGAAAUAGUAAAGACAUUCAAAAUAACAAACCAAAAUUAAAAUGUAUUGCUAUGGAAAACUUGCUUGAAAGCAAAUGUCAAUCGGCCUGGUCAUCAUAUAACGUUUAUGAAGAUACUUCAAAAUGUAUAAACACCGCAGAAGAGACCAAGAAUGCAUUGAUAUACUACAAUCCUGUUUCACAGCAACAAAUAUUUACAACUCUCCCUGCCUUGACGACGCCUCCUGAUUAUAUUCCCAGUGCCUUGCCGUGUCUAUUGAGCUAUAAUGUGCCACAACAAGUAGCAGUCGCAAAUCUUAAUAACAAUACCAUAUUACUACAAAACCCACCACCGUCAGGUGUGGUAUCAUCUCACUGUCCAUUAACGUAUUUAAGUUCACAGAACACCGGCACAAAUUGUCUUCCUCCAUUUUGGCAUUAAUUAGUCGGAUUAAUGCAUAGCUUUACCUUUUUAUGUACACUUUUUCCCUGGAAGGGUCUUUAUUAUAAAUAGUUGAACUUUU